CGUGGCUCUGAUGGGGAAGCAGCACGGUUUGAAGAUGGAGAAAGAAGACUCGGCUGGCGCUGGAGUACAAAGUGACCCCCGUAGGAUGCAGAGUGGAAGGAGUGGGGAAUCAUGGGAAAGAAAGAGCCAGGAUAUCCUGGAUGGACACAUCAUCAGCUCACAGGAGCAGUGUCAGCGCUUCAGACAAUUCACCUACAAGGAGGCGGAGGGCCCCCGAGAAGCUUGCACCCAACUCCACCAUCUCUGCCAUCAGUGGCUGAAGCCAGAAAAGCACACGAAUAUUCAGAUCCUGGACCUGGUGAUCCUGGAGCAGUUCCUGGCCAUCCUUCCCCCGGUGAUGUCCAGCUGGGUGAGGGAAUGUGGAGCGGAGACCAGUUCCCAGGCGGUGGCCCUGGCCGAAGGCUUCCUCCUGAGUCAGGCCGAGGAGAAGAGGCAGGAAGAGCAGCAGAUCAAACCCCUCGCAGCAGAAUUUCAGAGUGAUUUCAUUGGUACAGAGAAGACCCCAUUGGACAGGAGGCAGAGUAUGCUCCCAAGAGGGGAGGAACAUGAUGAUGAUGAUGAUGGAGAUGCCCCCUUGAAGGGGGCUGGAAGGCUAUGUGGAAGAAGCGGUCCUUCAUCUCUUCUUCCCUGCGAUGGAGAGGAAUUGGAUAAGGAUCUGGUAACCUUUGAGGAGGUGGCUGUGAAUUUCACCCAGGAGGAAUGGGUACUGCUGGAUCCAGACCAGAGAUUCCUCCACAGGGAAGUCAUGGAGGAGAAUCGUUCGAUCGUGGCCUCUUUUGAUGGCGGGGAAAACAUUUCGGCAGCCGCAGAACCUCUUGAUUUUCCUGCUACCAUCACACCGCUUCAUGGCAACGAGAAAGGGGACCUGUGCUUAACAGCAGAUGAAGUAAGUUGUGCCACAGAAGAAGCCUACAAAUGCACCUUGUGUGGGAAAUAUUUUGUUGAACAUGUGGCACUUACACUGCAUGAGAGGGUCCACGCUGCAAGCCUGUGUUUCCGACAAAAAGUGUCCGGAAAAGUUCAUGAUAAUAAACCGCAAUUUGGAAGCCACCAGAGAAUCGAAAGGGGAGAAAAAAAAUACCAAUGUCAGGAAUGUGGGAAAAGAUUUGCCAGGCAUUUCUUCCUUCAGGUGCACCAGAGAGUCCACACAGGAGAGAAACCAUACAAAUGCGAAGAGUGUGGAAAAUAUUUUAAUCGCAAAUCCAACCUUUUGGCGCACCAAAAAAUCCACACAGGAGAUAAACCAUACAAAUGCCAGGACUGCGAGAAAUUAUUUUUUUGCAUUUCGGGCCUUGUGAAGCAUCGGAUGAUCCACACAGGAGAAAAACCAUACAAAUGCCAGGAAUGUGGAAAAUAUUUUAAUCGCAAUUCAAACCUUCUGGCCCACCAAAGGGUGCACACUGGAGAGAAACCACACAAAUGCCAAGAGUGCGGGAAAUGUUUUGCUCAGAAUUCAACCCUUCUCACACACCAGAGAAUCCACACAGGAGAGAAACCAUUCAGAUGUCAAGAGUGUGGGAAAUGUUUUGCUCAGAGUUCAGGCCUUCUGAAACACCAGAGUGUCCACACAGGAGAGCAGCCAUACCAAUGCCAAGAGUGUGGGGAAUGUUUUGGUUACAGUUCAGCCCUUUUGACGCACCAGAGUGUCCACACAGGAGAGAAAUUAUUCCCAUGCCAGCAGUGUGGGAAAUGUUUUGCUUACAAUUCAGCGCUUGUGAGACACCAGACUGUCCACACUGGAGAGAAACCAUUCAGAUGUCAGGAAUGUGGGAAAUGUUUUGCUCAGAGUUCAGGCCUUCUGAAACACCAAAGAGUCCACACUGGAGAGAGACCGUACAGGUGCCAAGAAUGUGGGAAAUGUUUUGUUCAAAGUUCAGGCCUCCUGAAACAUCAGCGAAUCCACACUGGAGAGAGACCAUACAAAUGCCAAGAGUGCGGGAAAUAUUUUGCUGAGAAUGCAACCCUUGUGAUCCACCAGAGAGUCCACACAGGAGAGAAACCCUACAAGUGCCAGGAGUGUGGGAAAUGUUUUUCCCAGAAUUCACACCUUCUGAAACACCAGCGGAUUCACACUGGAGAGAAACCAUACAAAUGCCAGGAGUGUGGAAAAUGCUUUACUCAGAAUGCAAACCUUCUGACACACCAGAGAGUUCACACUGGAGAGAGACCAUACAAAUGUAAGGAGUGUGGGAAAUGUUUUGCUCGAAAUGCAAGCCUUUAUGAACACCAAACUGUCCACACAGGAAACACACCAUUCAAAUGUGAGGCAUGUGGAAAAUGUUAUUCACACAAUUCAACCCUUUUAACACACCAGAGAAUCCACACUGGAGAGAAACCAUACAAAUGCCAAGAGUGUGGAAAAUGUUUUUCUCACAAUUCAACUCUUGUGAAACACUGGAGACUGCAUACUGGAGAGAAACCAUUCAAGUGCCAGGAGUGUGGGAAAAGUUUUGCUCUGAAUUCACAACUUCUAGGGCAUCAUAGAGUCCACACAGGAGAGAAACCAUACAAAUGCCAGGAGUGUGGGAAAUGCUUUUCUCAGAGUUCUACUCUUUUGCAACAUCUGAGACUCCACACUGGUGAGAAACCGUACAAAUGUCAAGUGUGUGGGAAACGUUUUGCUCGGAAUUCGCACCUUCUGAAACAUCACAGAGUCCACACUGGAGAGAAACCAUACAAAUGCCAGGAAUGUGAAAAAUGUUUUGCUCGAAACUCACACCUUCGGACACACCAGAGAGUCCACACUGGGGAGAAACCUUAUGAAUGUCAAGAGUGUGGUAAAUCUUUUGCUCGGAAAUCCAUCCUUCUGACACACCAGCGAGUCCACACUGGAGAGAAACCAUACACAUGCCAAGAGUGUGGGAAAUGUUUUACACGAAAUUCACACCUUCUGACGCACCAGAGAGUCCAUACAGGAGAGAAACCUUAUAAAUGCGAGGAGUGUGGGAAAUGUUAUAUUGAUAAUGUAAUUCUUUUGAGACACCAGAGAGUCCACACUGGAGAGAAACCAUACAAAUGCCAAGAGUGUGGGAAACGUUAUUCUCAGAAUUCAACCCUUCUAACACACCAGAGAGCCCACAGAGGAGAGAAACCACACAAAUGCCAAGAGUGUGGAAAGUCUUAUUCUCACAAUUCAGCCCUUUUGGCACAUCAGAGAGUCCACACUGGAGAGAAACCAUACACAUGCCAGUUGUGUGGAAAAUGUUUUACUCACAGUUCAACCCUUCGGACACACCAGAGAGUCCACACAGGGGAGAAACCUUACAAUUGUCAAGAGUGUGGGAAAUGUUUUGCUCUGAAUUCAACACUUUUGAAACACCUGAGGUUACACACUGGAGAGAAACCAUACAAAUGUCAAAAAUGUGACAGAUAUUUUUCUCAGAAUUCAAGCCUUCGGAAACACCAGAGAGUCCACAAAACAGAGGGCCUAUAUAAUUCCAGUCCAGAGGAGAGUGUUUUAUUUCUGAGUAAUUUUUCAGAAGAUAUCAGAGAGUCCACACAGGAGAGAAACUACACCAAUGCCAAGAGUAUAGGAAAUGUAUUUCUCACAGUUCAUCCCUUCUUCAACCCUAACGGGUCCACACUGGAGAGAAACCAUGCAAAUGCUAUGAGUGUUGGAGAUGAAUCACUUACGAUUCACAUCUUGUGACUCAUCACAGACUCAUCACCUGCACAGGAGAGUAAUCGCAGAUGUUGGUCAAACUAUUGAAGAGCAGGCCUCUUCAACUGUAAAUGAACCCUAUUCUCACUUCAUGGGAAGAAUAAGUCUGUCAGCUUCCUUUUAGUAGCCAGUGGCUACGUUUAUCAUGUCAUGGAGACCCAUUAAGCUGUGAAGUUUAAUCCCUGCAGUUACUGGAGAGUCAGGUUUAUUAAUAGAUGGAAUCUUAGAAGAACUAAUUAUGGUGAUUUUUCCCUACUUUUCUCUUACAGCUUGAUGGAAUAACUGUCCCUCUGCCCUUGUCAAUAUCUAGGAAAAAUUGGGUUUAUGAGGUGCAGAGGUAAUGCCCUAAAACGUAAAUUUGUUUUAAAAAGUGCCUCAGAGCUUGCUGAGAAAGUCAAAGUACAGAUGGAUAUGUGCUUUGUAGAUCGUUUAGAUUAGAAAAGCAAAACAGCCAGAUUUGUUUGGGAACAUAGCUACUGAUGAGAGAACGUGGCAGAAACAUCCCAUUCAGAACAUGCCAAUUUUCACAAGAAAGACUAAACAACAACUCAGUGAUGUCAUCUAAAAAGCAACAAGGGGGAAAAAAUGAAGCGCAUUUUAAAAUGCUACUUAUAGGUUGUGUUUUACCUACCAUGUUAGUUAACAAAGAGAUCCUGCAAAAUAUAUGUGGAUAAUUGUGUUAGGCAAAGGAGAAUCAUAGUAUAUACAAAAGAAGCUUUUGCAGAAUAUUGUAAAAAGGAAAAGAGGAUGAAUUUAAACAGUAUGUUUAAUAAUAAGCAAGUAGAGAAGAGAAAAAAAAGGUGUCAGUUGUUUUAUAAAGCUUUACCCACAUACCUGUAAUAAUCAAGUGUUUUGGAAAGGGGACGUGAUGGCACUGUGAGCUAAACCGCAGAAGCCUCUGUGCUGCAGGGUCAGAAGACCAGCAGUCGUAAGAUCGAAUCCAC